AUUUUUUACUACCUGAUUGCUAUCCACACAGGAGAUCAAUAAGUUUACUAAUUUUUUUGCCUUGUUUUGUUUCUGCUCAUCACACCAGGAAUUGCCCUGCCCGCUUUUCGGGGAAUUCAGCUGGUGUGGGAUUACAUCAUUGGUGGCGUAAGAUUGACCCACACGAUGACGGAGCCUCGCCUGGAGUUGGAGAGCGUACGCCUGACCACCUUCGGGGAAUGGCCAUUAAACGCCCCAGUUUCCGCGGAGGACUUGGUUGUCAACGGAUUCUUCGCCACUGGCAAUUGGCUGGAAGCCGAGUGCAACUGGUGCCACGUGCGCAUCGACCGGUGGGAGUACGGCGAUCAGGUGGCGGAGCGCCAUCGUCGCUGCUCCCCCAUCUGCUCAAUGGUACUGGCCCCCAAUCACUGCGGAAACGUGCCUCGGGGUCAAGAGAGCGACCAGGAGGGCAACAAUGUCGUGGACAGUCCCCAGUGUGCCUGCCCCGACUUGCUGUUGGAGGCAAACCGCUUAGAGACCUUCAAGAACUGGCCAAAUCCCAAUAUUACACCCCAGGCCUUGGCAAAAGCUGGCUUCUACUACCUAAACCGACUGGAUCAUGUGAAAUGCGUCUGGUGCAACGGAGUGAUUGCCAAGUGGGAAAAAAAUGAUAAUGCGUUCGACGAACACCGACGCUUUUUCCCCCACUGUCCUCGGGUGCAGAUGGGACCACUUAUAGAAUUCGCUACAGGAAAGAAUUUGGAUGAGUUGGGGAUCCAGCCCACUAGCCAGCCCCAGCGUCCAAAGUACGCUUGCAUUGAUGCCCGACUGAGGACAUUUUCAGACUGGCCCAUUGCGAAUAUUCAACCGGCGGAUGCACUAGCCCAGGCUGGACUGUACUACCAGAAAAUAGGCGACCAGGUUCGCUGUUUCCACUGCAAUAUCGGCCUGCGUUCCUGGCAAAAGGAGGACGAGCCAUGGCACGAGCACGCCAAGUGGUCGCCCAAGUGCCAAUUCGUUUUGUUGGCCAAAGGUCCCACCUAUGUGCAGGAAGUGCGAGAGGCAGCAGCGGCUAGUGCCAGAUCUCCAGAAGCUACGGCUCCUGCUCCCUUGCUCCAGGCAGAGGUCCUAAUGGACGAAGCACCGGCUAAGGAAGCCUUGGCCUUGGGUAUUGAUGGUGGAGUGGUCCGCAACGCCAUACAGCGAAAGCUUUCCAGCUCAGGCUGCGCCUUCGCCACUCUGGACGAGCUGCUUCAUGCAAUUUUCGACGAAGCAGGCGCCGAAGCUGCUCUAGAGGUUAGGGAGCCGCCAGAACCCAGUGCGCCCUUUGCGCCGGAUAGCUGCCAAGCCACCACCAGCAAGGCAGCAUCUAUAAACUCCGAUUCCGCACCAGCAGUGCCACAGGCUCCUGUCCCCGUGUCCGUGCAGGAAGUAACAAGCCUAGCGGAGCAAAUGCAACAAACAUCAAUGGCCGCGCCAAAUGGAAACUUGUCGUUGGAAGAGGAAAAUCGCCAGCUGAAGGACGCGCGACUCUGUAAAGUGUGCCUGGACGAGGAGGUUGGUGUAGUGUUUCUGCCUUGUGGACACUUGGCUACAUGUAAUCAAUGCGCCCCCAGCGUAGCCAAUUGUCCCAUGUGUCGGGCAGACAUUAAAGGAUUUGUACGCACUUUCCUAUCGUAAAACUGUUAUGCACAUCAGUUAGUUUUUAUAUUAAAUGAUUGUUUUUAUUCUUCGAGACAAACCAAUACGCCAAUGCCUGUGAUUCGUGCAGGCAGUUACAGUUCAAAUAAUCCGGUGAUUAGCUAAUGAAAUACCUUUGAUCGUCUACUAGUACUUGCAUAAGCUGUUAUCAUUACUAAUUAUAUCACUUUGUGUCCAAGAGAGCUCAACCUGUUGGACGGUUGGCAGGCAAGCGCCCCUCCUAAGAUAUAGCCUCCGGAUCAAAUUGUUGUCCUCGUCGAGGGACGGGUUCGCCUCUACAUAUGGACCCUGGAACGGACUUUUCUUCAGGAGGCACCAGCGCUGAUACUACCGUCCUCGGAGGGUAUUCACCGCUUCAGUAGCAUUAAAGAACGGCGUUCUGAAACAACAGGGCUACGAGGAACAAAUUUGUUAGUCAAAGAAACUAUUGUAAAAUUACAAAGGGUUAAUCCUACUA